AUGCGGAACCUCAUCUCGGCCCUUGCCGGCGCCGGCCUAGGCGCCAUCAAGGUGUCCACCUCGAUCCGGUUCGACGCGGUGACCAACAGCUUCCCACCAUCCAAUGGCGUGUUCGCGCAGGCCUACAUGACGGACGUGGCCCGGCUGCUGGCCAGCACCGGCGCGCCGCUGCUCACCAACGUGUACCCCUACUUCGCCUACAAAGACAACCCGCGGGACAUCCAGCUGAACUACGCGACGUUCCGGCCGGGCACCACGGUGCGUGACCAGAACAACGGGCUGACCUACACGUGCCUGUUUGACGCCAUGGUGGACGCCGUGGUGGCGGCGCUGGAGCGGGCCGGGGCGCCCGGGGUGAGGGUGGUGGUGUCGGAGAGCGGGUGGCCGUCGGCGAGCGGGUUCGGGGCGACGGCGGACAACGCGAGGGCGUACAACCAAGGGCUGAUCGACCACGUCGGCGGGGGCACGCCAAAGAGGCCCGGCUUGCUGGAGACGUACAUCUUCGCCAUGUUCAACGAGAACUUCAAGACCGGGGAGCUCAUCGAGAAGCACUUCGGGCUGUUCAACCCGGACAAGUCGCCGGCGUACCCCAUCCGGUUCCAGUAG